AUGGCAAAAGCGGACCUUGUCGAGAUGCAGCAGCAAAAGGGCGGCUACGACGCCGUCAACACGACGAGCUCUCCGGGCAACACAGACGACGGCGCCAAGAACAACCACCACCACGAGAGCGGCGCCUACCCAUACACGACCGAUGGCGGCACGGGCGACUCGACGCUCAGGCGUCUCUUCUCCUUUUGGCAGCUCUUGGCCUUUGCCCUGAUCUUCAUGUCCUCGUGGGAGGUCAUGGCGAUGGACAUGGGAGCGACGUUCUACAACGGCGGACCGCAGACGCUGGCGUGGGGUAUUGUUCUCGUCGUCGUCGGCGCCAUGGCGCAGGCGCUCUCCAUGGCUGAGCUCGCGACCAUCCAGCCCAUUGCGGGGGCGCAGUACCACUGGACGCAUUUCCUUGCGCCAGAGAAGCACCGGCGGUUCAUCACGUGGAUGCAGGGCUGGGUAACCUGGUUCGCCUGGGUUUCCGCCCUCGCGGGCUCCGCCGCCUCGGAAGCAAACAUCAUGAUCGGCCUCGUCAGCACAAACUACCCCUCGUACACCUUCCAGCCCUGGCACAUUACCAUGGUCAUCAUUGCCCAGCUCGUCGCCUGCGCCCUCAUCAACAUGUACGCCUUCCGCACCAUCCCCUGGAUGGAGCUCCUGGCGGGCGUCCUGCACGUCGUCCUCUGGCUCGUCUUCGUCGUCGUGCUGUUGACGCUCGCGCCCCGCGCCUCGGCUGAAUUUGUGUUCUUCGAGCGCACUGUUUCCUCCGGAUGGACGAAUGGCUUUGUGAGCUGGAAUAUCGGCAUGUUGGUCCCCGCGUGGGGGUUCAUUGGGUUUGAUGGUGUUGUGCACAUGGCGGAGGAGACGAAGAAGGCGAAGCAGGCUGUACCGCGCGCGAUGCUGUGGACGAUUAUACUGAACGGCGUGCUCUCGUAUGGGAUUAUCCUCGCCAUCCUGUUUGGCAUGGGCGGCGACCCGGCCACGACGGAGGCGAUUCUGAGCUCCGACUACCCCAUCAUCCCCUUACUCUUCAACGCCGCGGGUCCCGCUGCCGGCACAGCCAUGGUCGUCGGCCUCCUCGUCAUCACUUUUUGCGUCGUCGCCGCCUCGCUGGCAUCCGUGUCGCGCAUAACAUGGGCCUGGGCCCGCGACGGCGGCCUGCCGCGGUACUUUGCCAAGAUCCACCCGACGCACCGCGUGCCCAUCCGCUCCGUCUGGCUGCCGUGCGUCAUCGUCACCUGCCUGUCGCUCUUCACCGUCGGCAACAACGCGACGGCGACGGUGUUUUCGGCGUUUACCGCGCUCUCGUCGCUGGGGCUGUAUGGCUCGUACAUCAUCGCCAUUUCCUGUAUGCUCCACGCCAGGCUGACGGGGCGGAUCGGACACGGGGCCGGGUAUCAGGUGCAGUACGGCGGGUGGUCGUUGCCGAGGGGUUGGGGAACGCCUAUUAAUGUGUAUGCGCUGCUGUGGUCGAUGUAUCUGAGCGUGUGGUUGCCGUUCCCGCAGACGAUUCCGGUGACGGGGACGGAGAUGAACUAUGCGGGGCCGAUUUAUGUUGUUGUUGUGGUUGGGGCGGUGAGUUUGUGGUUUACGUGGGGGAAGAAGCAUUGGCCUGGGUUGAAUAAGAGUGCCAUUGAUAAUGUGGUGGCGUAUAAUUGA